AUGGCACGUUCUUUCUACACCCCGGAGGACGAGGUCGGUUUCGACCCACAAUCUCAGCAAGAUGUACUCUCAUUAUCACAUCCAACACAGGCUAGCAGCCGGCAGAUGGUUGUGGAUAGGAUCAUCGGACCGAAUACUGCGAUUCCGGAAGGAGAGAAGAGUCGAAACGCCACCAGAAGACGGAUCCCCGUAGCAUGCAAUAGAUGUCGGAAAAGGAAGAUCAAGUGCAGCGGUGAUAUUGGCGACGGCCAAGGAUGUUCAAAUUGUCGGUCUUCGGGAAAUACGCACUGCCAGUUUUUAAGGGUCAAUUCAUCAAUGUUGCAGACAAAGGCUACUGGAUGGCCGUAUUCGUUUAUGAACGGUACACUGUCUUCAGCUCACCAGAGACAGGGCACGUACAUAUCUUCAGUGGCUACAAGACAAGAGUUGUUGUCAGCGAAUCCAUCCAAUUUCCGCGUUACUUCUCUCUCACGUCCACCACCAGCCUUUGGCAUAAGCUCGACCGAGUCUCAACAGACCUAUAGUCGCCCAGGCUUUGGUCAGGAUCAUAUGGCCAAUUACGACGAAGAGCCCUCGGCUGCUUACGGUUCACAGCCUGCAGCCUACGGGGUGCCCACGACAUUACCCCAAGGAGCCCUAGGAGACUACUACGGAGUCCCAUGGUCAAGGACAUGCCAUUCUGGCCUUAGCGUUACUAGGGGAGGGCAUUUGCCCGAUCAUGAAGCGGAGGGCACGUUUCACCACUCCGAUUACGCUUAUAUGAUGUCGGCGCCGGUAACCCAAUCUACUGAUACGGCCUUUGUGCCCUCGAUGACUGCUCUAUCAUCUGAGGGACAGGGAGCAGACCGGGCACUUUCCACUCCCAGUGGGCGGAACCAGCUUCAAUUGGGUCUAUCGGUGAUUCCAACAUCGUCUGAUGCCAUUUCCGGGCUCCCUCAACAGGACUGCAGGGUUGGACACCCCUGGACACCUAAAGCUAUCAUUAAUGCCAACAGUGCCCGGUCGAUGAAACAGUAUACCCCCGAACCUUUUAACGCCGCCCCUCUAAACCGGGCAAAACCGCCCCUGUCGAACACGCAGGAGAUGGUGCUUGGAUAUUUACCAAUGACGUCGGCUAGUGCUUCGUCACCGUCGAUGCCCUCCUGUGGUACAUUCACUCGAUUGAACCCCGCGAAUUCCGGCGAAGAGCUGCAGAGAAGCGAGGAAGCUCCGAUGCGAAGGCCGAUCUCGACUGAGAAUGCCCGCCUUUCUCUUAUGGAGGAUAGCUCCAGCAUUUACGAUUAUUGCAGCUCUGAGAGGAGAAAAGGACCAAAACCAGGCACUUCCGGGAUGCUGAUGAACGGACUUCCUUACACGCGGCCUCCCGAGCAGCUCCAAAGCUCCUCCUCCUCUUUAGCUUUCAGCUUGCCGGUAGCGGACGGCCUUUCUGAUCCCGGAGCAACCACAGAAGCACAUCGGACGCAAGCUUUGAAUAACCCGGGGGGCUUCUAUUCCGAGGCGUGCUAA